AUGGCAUUGCGCGGGACCCUUUUUCCCGCGCCAGGCUUCAAUGGUGACCCCCGUCAUAUACAACAGCUCGGUAAUGUUGUAUAUGGCAGGGGUGAUGUCCGGAGUGCGCCGCAUGACUGCAAGAAAAAUGCAGCCGGGUCGGCCCUUCCUGGCCCGAAUUGGGCGGAUAUACUCAGGCUCAUAUCCGCGGUCUCGAAGCGCCUGGGCCAGCUCCUCGGGGUCGGUGGUGACUGGUAUACCCCGAAUCGCCACCUUGAGGUCCUGCUCCGCAGGCAGGGAAUACUAAAUCCAGGAGACCCGGCGGUCCUCCUUCUCCAGGUCCGAGAGGUAUCGCUGGACCACCCGGUAUUCGUCGCCAGAUUCGGGGGUGAUGCGGUACCCCUUUCCGUGCGCCCUGGCGUUGGCCGUCCGUCCCAACAGCUGACUAAUCCUCCCCAAAUGAUGUACGUAGUUCUCAAUGACUAUCGGUGGGUAAUCCGACCUCUUUGGGGCCGCGGGAGCUCUAGGGGGCUGCGUCUGGACCGUCGGUGCAGUCACCAUCCUUGCAUAGGAGGGUGCAACCGGUGCUGA